AGAAAAAACAAAACAAACACGAUUACACGAGUGUAACGAAACCAGAAAUCGACGGCUGAAAUAUUCCGGCUUCUUGCUUAAUCCGACGGCUCUGAUUCGCUGCGGCAUCACCUUGUCUCUCUUCGUUCUCUCUCUUCCUCAGCCACCAUUGAUGCUACUCUGCAAUCCAAUAACACCAAACCCCACAUUCAAGUUUCGAUUUUUCCUUUCUGGGUCUCUCUAAUGUCAACCUUGGAGUAUCACUGUAACUAUCAAUAUCACUAUCACUAUCUAUCUCCCUUAACCCACACCAAAUGUAAAACCUAUCUCAAUUAUCACCAACAAUGGCCAUUUCGAUUUUCCGGCACAAAUUCUAGGGUUUCCCUUCUCCACAACAACAGUCCCUGUCGUUCUACUCCCAUUUCGUAUCAUUUACGAUGUCCAAUUUCGUACAACGAUUCACAGAUGUUCGGUUUGUGGAAGGGCCAUGGACCCAGAAGAUGGGUAUGUGGUUCAACCAGAGAGAACGAUUCGGCCGCGGGUUCCGGUGAGAAAAAAACCGGCGACGGUCAGGAGGUCGAUGAUGCCGGUUCUCCGAGCUCCGGUUCGGACCGGAAGAGGGAGAAGCAGGGAAGGGGUGGUUGGUGGCGGCGGCGGUGGCAGCCGAUAGUUCAGGCGCAGCAAAUUGGGGUUUUGCUUUUGCAAUUGGGGAUUAUGGUUUUCGUUAUGCGGUUGCUCCGACCCGGGAUUCGGCUACCCGGGUCGGAUCCUAGGGCUCCGACAACGUUUGUGAGUGUGCCUUACAGUGAGUUCUUGAGUAGAAUCAACAGUAACCAGGUGCAGAAGGUGGAGGUUGAUGGGGUCCACAUCAUGUUCAAGUUGAAGGCUGGUGUUGGAACCAGCCAUGAUGGUGAAGUUUCAGGGAGUAGUAGUAGUAGGUUGCAGGAAUCAGAGUCUUUGGUGAAGAGUAUUGCCCCAACCAAGAGGAUAGUUUACACUACCACAAGGCCAGGUGAUAUCAGAACUCCUUAUGAAAAGAUGCUGGAUAAUGAGGUGGAGUUUGGAUCCCCAGAUAGACGUUCUGGUGGGUUCUUUAACUCUGCACUGAUAGCCAUGUUUUAUGCUGCCGUGCUUGCCGGGCUUCUCCAUCGAUUCCCUGUUAGCUUCUCUCAGCAUACAGCUGGUCAAAUUCGGAACCGCAAAUCAGGAACUUCUGCUGGUACUAAGUCAUCUGAACAAGGUGAAACAAUCACUUUUGCUGAUAUUGCUGGUGUUGAUGAGGCUAAAGAGGAGUUAGAAGAGAUUGUGGAAUUUCUUCGAAAUCCAGACAAAUACAUAAGACUUGGUGCUCGUCCUCCUCGAGGUGUUCUCUUGGUUGGUCUUCCUGGGACAGGUAAGACUCUACUAGCGAAGGCUGUGGCUGGGGAAGCUGAUGUGCCAUUUAUAAGUUGUUCCGCUAGUGAGUUUGUAGAGUUGUAUGUUGGCAUGGGUGCCUCCCGUGUAAGAGAUCUCUUUGCAAGGGCAAAAAAGGAAGCACCAUCCAUAAUAUUUAUUGAUGAGAUAGAUGCAGUGGCUAAAAGUCGUGAUGGUAAAUUUCGCAUUGUCAGCAAUGACGAACGAGAGCAAACCUUGAAUCAGUUGCUCACGGAGAUGGAUGGGUUUGACAGCAAUUCUGCAGUGAUUGUUCUUGGAGCUACUAAUAGAUCAGAUGUCUUGGACCCUGCACUUCGCCGUCCAGGAAGAUUUGAUCGUGUAGUUAUGGUGGAAACUCCUGAUAGGAUUGGAAGAGAAGCCAUCCUAAAAGUUCAUGUCUCCAAGAAAGAACUUCCUUUAGCCAAGGAUGUUGUCCUUGGUGACAUUGCUUGUAUGACCACGGGUUUCACGGGAGCAGAUCUUGCAAACCUUGUAAAUGAGGCUGCUUUACUGGCUGGAAGACAAAAUAAAGUUGUGGUGGAGAAAAUUGAUUUCAUCCACGCUGUAGAAAGAUCAAUAGCUAUGGCAUCGGUGAAUGCUAAUGUGACAUCACUUCUCUGCAAGAAUGGUAACCAUGCUUCGAAGUUCCCGAGUACUACGUUCUUGCCUGGGUUUGAUGUUGUUGGGCGUGGUGUUUCAAGUGCCUGGAAGAAGGAUCUUGUUCCAUUCUCCAUGGCUUUGGUACCUAGAGCCACAUUAACAUUUGAUCCUCCAACUACUAAUUCAGACAAAACCAAACAAAGGAAACACACUGUUGACCCUGCUUCUCCAGAUUUUGUUCCCCUUCCUUCCUUUGAAGAGUGCUUUCCAAAGAGCACAAAGGAAUGCAGGGAAGUCAUUCAUGAAGAAACUGGUCACGUGCUCAAUGUUCCCUUUCGACGGGUUCACCUUGCUGGGGAUGAACCACACUUUGACACCUAUGACACUAGUGGUCCCCAAGAUAUCAACCCAACGAUAGGACUCCCAAAAUUGCGCAAAGAGUGGGUUGAUAGGAGACAGGAAAUUGGUCCACCAAGAUACACUCAGAUGUACUAUGCUAAGCAGGGAAUCAUUACUGAGGAGAUGCUUUUUUGUGCCACUCGCGAGAAGCUUGACGCAGAGUUUGUGAGGUCAGAAGUUGCUCGUGGACGAGCUAUCAUCCCUUCCAACAAGAAGCACUUGGAGUUGGAGCCUAUGAUAGUUGGAAGAAACUUUUUGGUGAAAGUAAAUGCCAACAUUGGAAAUUCUGCAGUUGCAAGCUCUAUAGAAGAGGAAGUUUACAAGGUUCAGUGGGCAACUAUGUGGGGAGCUGAUACUGUGAUGGACCUGUCAACCGGUCGCCACAUCCAUGAAACUCGAGAGUGGAUCCUACGCAACUCAGCUGUACCAGUUGGGACUGUACCUAUUUAUCAAGCCCUUGAAAAAGUUGAUGGAAUUGCUGAAAAUCUUAGCUGGGAGGUAUUCAGGGAUACCCUGAUUGAACAAGCUGAACAAGGUGUAGAUUACUUCACCAUCCAUGCAGGAGUUCUUCUGAGAUACAUUCCUUUAACAGCAAAGCGCAUGACAGGAAUAGUCUCCAGAGGAGGAUCCAUUCAUGCAAAGUGGUCCUUAGCUUAUCACAAAGAGAAUUUUGCUUAUGAGCACUGGGAUGACAUCCUUGAUAUAUGCAAUCAGUAUGAUGUGGCCCUAUCCAUUGGUGAUGGCCUACGACCUGGAUCCAUUUAUGAUGCAAAUGACACAGCUCAAUUUGCUGAACUCUUGACACAAGGAGAACUGACGCGUAGAGCAUGGGAAAAGGAUGUGCAGGUGAUGAAUGAAGGACCUGGACAUAUACCACUGCACAAGAUUCCUGAAAACAUGCAGAAACAACUAGAAUGGUGUAAUGAAGCACCUUUCUACACUCUUGGUCCUUUAACAACUGAUAUUGCUCCUGGUUAUGAUCACAUUACCUCUGCAAUUGGUGCUGCGAAUAUUGGGGCACUUGGUACGGCUCUUCUCUGCUAUGUCACUCCAAAAGAACAUCUUGGGUUGCCAAAUCGGGAUGAUGUGAAGGCUGGAGUUAUAGCUUACAAGAUAGCUGCUCAUGCUGCUGAUUUAGCCAAAUCGCAUCCACAUGCUCAAGCCUGGGAUGAUGCUUUAAGCAAGGCAAGAUUUGAAUUUCGAUGGAUGGACCAGUUUGCUUUGUCAUUGGAUCCAAUGACAGCCAUGUCCUUCCAUGAUGAAACAUUGCCAUCAGAAGGUGCAAAGGUUGCCCAUUUCUGCUCUAUGUGUGGCCCGAAAUUCUGUUCUAUGAAGAUAACUGACGAUGUGAGAAAGUAUGCUGAGAAACAUGGCUAUGGAGAUGUCGAGGAAGCAUUGCAGCGUGGGAUGGAAGCUAUGAGUGCUGAAUUUCUAGCUGCCAAGAAAACUGUCAGUGGGGAACAACAUGGUGAAUCUGGUGGAGAGAUUUACUUGCCAGAAACUUACUUAAGUUCCAAGGAGAGGUGA